AUGGAGGUUAUCACUGGAGCCGAGGAGGUUUUCUAUUUGAUACAGGAUGAACAAGGAGGUUCCCAUAUUGCAGGAUGGUUGAAAUACAGUCCAGGACUUGGAGACGACAGUAGUCAGCAAGGAGAAAAAUUUCAGCUCAGGAAUCUAAAAGGUAAAAAUGCUGUUCAAGCCAGAAAAAAAUUGACGGAUGUGUAUGGAGAAGGCGUGUUAACAGUUCGCCAGUGCCAGAACUGGUUUACAAAGUUUCGAUCCGGCAAUUUUGAUGUCGAAGAGUCUGGAAGGCCGGUCGAAGCUGACAAAGAUACGAUAAAGGCAUUACUUGAUGCAAAUCGGCGAAUAACCACACGAGAGAUCGGUGAGAGGUUAAAUUUGUCGAAUUCGUCUGUUUAUGGCCACUUGAAAGGCCUGGGCUUAACCUCGAAGCUCGAUGUGUGGGUGCCCCAUGUUCUUACGGAGCGAAAUUUGUGUCGUCGCGUUGACGUGUGUGAUUCGCUCCUCAAACGUCAGGAAAAUGAUCCAUUUUUGAAGCGGAUUAUUACUGGGGACGAAAAAUGGGUCGUAUACAACAAUGUGAAACGCAAGAGGUUAUGGAGCAGAAAGGAUGAACCGGCUCAAAGCGUUUCAAAAGCCAACAUUCACCAAAAAAAGCUUUUACCGGACAAUACAACUAUUAAUUCGGAAGUCUAUUGUCAUCAGCUGGACAAAUUGAAUGAUGCACUUAAACAGAAGAGGCCAGAAUUAACCAACAGAAAGGGUGUAGUGUUCCACCAGGAUAAUGCGAGACCUCAUACAAGUUUGGUCACUCGCCAAAAGCUUUUACAGCUUGAAUGGGACAUACUGCAACACCCACCAUAUUCUCUAGAUCUGGCGCCUUUCGAUUAUUAUUUGUUCCGGUCCCUCCAAAAUUUUUUUGGAUGGUAA